AUGUCGAGCUCAUGGUACCGUGUCGACUUCAUGAUACGGUGUAGACUAAGGCCAAGGUGUCGACACAUAAACAACAUUGUCAACCUUCAUAGCUACGGUGUAGAUUCAACAACUGCCGCUUCCACUGCGGUCGUUUGCAGCUACUUCCACCAGGACAGUCCCAGUCAGCGUCCACCAGGACAGUCGCAGUCAGCGUCCACCAGGACAGCCCCAGUCAGCGACCACCACGGCCAGCCCCAGUCAGCGUCCACCAGGACAGUCUCAGUCAGCGUCCACCAGGACAGUCGCAGUCAGCGUCCACCAGGACAGUCGCAGUCAGCGUCCACGAGGACAGUCCCAGUCAGCGUCCACCAGGACAGUCGCAGUCAGCGACCACCACGGCCAGCCCCAGUCAGCGUCCACCAGGACAGUCCCAGUCAGCGUCCACCAGGACAGCCCCAGUCAACGUCCACCAGGACAGUACCAGUCAGCGUCCACCAGGACAGUCGCAGUCAGCGUCCACCAGGACAGUCCCAGUCAACGUCCACCACGACCAGCCCCAGUCAACGUCCACCACGACCAGCCCCAGUCAACGUCCACCAGGACAGUCCCAGUCAACGUCCACCACGACCAGCCCCAGUCAACGUCCACCAGGACAGUCCCAGUCAGCGUCCACCAGAACAGUCGGAAUCAACUUCCGAUCUUUACGAGGCUGUCAAAUCACGCAGCAAGAGAACAAAGCUGCAGGUUUCUCUCUCUGGCGGGGGAGACACCGAGGCUCUCUCACUUACCGCCACCACAGUCUCUUCCACGCAGUCAAUCUUCUGA